AUGACGUCUCAUAGUCCAAAGUCGUCGCCGACGGUUCACAUCAGCAGAUGGUCCGAGCAACAGGUCGUUGAUUGGCUUUCCACAGUUGGGCUCUCAAAGUAUGCCAGGGACUUCAAAUCAAACGGCAUCUCCGGUGAUGUGCUUGUUCUUCUCGACGACGAGGCUCUCAAGGACAUCGGCGUUGCUACCGUCGGCCAACGUCUCGCGCUCCUCACAGCCAUCUAUCGCCUAAAGCAGCAGUUUGGCAUCCCCAUUCAGGAUGGCGAUUGGAUCCCUAAAUCUAUCGAGGCGCAAGAGCAGGCCUCAAACACCCUCAGUACCGCCCACAUGGCAAACGCGCUCCGUCAGCGAGACGAUCGCAUCCGCCUGUUGGAAUCGCAGAUCCUUCGGCUGGCCGACUAUCUCGCUCGCAUUCAACAGGACAUGGCGUCCGUCGCUCGACAUGUCGGUGUCAAGGCUCAUUCCAUCGAUGCUCCCAUCACCCUCGUCUCCAACUCGCUCUACUCGCAUCAUACCAACGACGGCAGUGCCAAUGCCAUGUCCGCCUUCGCUUCGAAUCCGGAUCUCGCUUCCACCGCCGCCUCCGGCUUGCCCAUCGAAUCGCCGACUUCGCGCAACUUUGCCGGUCUUGUCUCGCCCACCCGCACAGGUUUCACAUAUUCCGCCGCCCAGGCCAUGAGCGGCUUCAAGCCUACCGCCGUGAGGUCCGUCCGGUCGGACAGCAUUGGAGGCAAUGCGCCCAUGACGCCUACUACGGCUGCACAGUCGUAUGCUGCCGGCCUAUCCAACACAGUAUCCGCGGGCGAUAUCUCGCCAACACAAUCCACUCCAUCGGCUACACCCACUUCGCUCGGUUCUCAGCCUGGUUUCCCGCAGCAACCGCAAGCUUCCAGCGCCGGCUCGAGCUCCAUGGUGAGCCCAACUCGUCGACUCGCUCAUCAAAACUCGCUCGCGCAUCCGGAUGCAGCCGGCCCUUCUCGCUCACGUGCCGGCUCUCUGGGUGCAUCUGCCGCGCUCUCGUCGGGCACCGGUUCGUCCCCCUUCGCUAGCAAUGGAAGUAGCAGCGUCAGCAAUGGAGGCACCAACACCAUCGCAAACGCAUCGAGCAGUCCAGCGACAGAGCGCGACGAGCGCACCAAGGACGCUCUCGCAAUCACGACCACCGAGCCAAAGACCAAGGCGGCCGCCACCCCAGCUUCCGGCUCGUCGUCCCUGUCAGCCUCUUCUGCAUUGGCUGCCAAGUCGGGUUCCUCUGACAGCAAUCCUUACAAGUCGUUCCGCGUUACGCUCGACGAUCCUUGCUACAAGGUGCUCCCCGCAGCGCUCAAGAAGUACAAGAUCAACGACGACUGGCGCAAAUACGCGCUCUUCAUCUGCUAUGGCAAGACCGAACGAUGUCUCAGCUACGACGAGAAGCCCUUGCUCCUCUUCCAGAAGCUCAAGGAGAACGAGCAGAGCCCCGUCUUUAUGCUCCGACAUAUUCGAGACGUCAAGUCGCCCAUCGCCAUCGCCGAGGCGAAAGCAGCAGCCAAGUUACAAGAGCGCGAGGGCGAGGGCAGCUCUGCUGACGCCAAGAAGCGGUCUGCACCUCGGGCUGACCGACGUCGCAUCAUCGCCGGGACCCCACCACCGGGCGCGCUGGUCACCAACACAUCGAACCCUGUCGAAGUCGGUCCCGCAGCCGACCUGCCCGAACGAAGCAAGGUGGCAAGGACGUACGCGGUAGCCAUCUACCCAUACAUGCCAGAGCGCGACGACGAGUUUGAUGUCAACGUGGGCGACACCUUUGUCGUCAUCAACAAGGCCAAGGGAUGGUGGAUCGUUCAGCGAGAUGCCAAGCGAGGCGGUGCGGGAGAUGUGGUGUACAGUGUACCUGCCGGCGAAGCGAGCGCCGGGGAGGAUGAUGGCGUCACCUAUUCCAAUUACCGCGCCGAGUAUGCCUCCGGCUGGGUACCGGCCGGCUGUCUGCUGGAAACGAGUCAGCCAUUGGGAAGCAUCGUGGACGCCGAGGCCGGCUCGUCGCACGCGCGGUCUGGACCGACCACCAUCUCGAAUCCGAGCACGCCCACUGCAUUGAGCAUCCCCGGCAACAAUGGCGCGAAUCUGGAUGCCAGGCGUGCUGCCAUCCCUCCGGCGUUGAUCACGAGCACGAGUACACCCGGGAUCAUGCUGAUGGACUACCACAGUGCAGAAGGCGAUCUCGACUUGCGCAAGGACGAGCGUCUGCGUGUGUUCAAGCGAUACAACCACUGGUCGUACUGUGUGCAGGAGCGAGACGGACACGCGAGAGGAUGGGUGCCUAGCUGGUACAUUGGCAAGCUUUCCUCCUCCUCCUCAACGAGCGGUGGAGGAUCGUUGUCCAAGUCCACUUCGAGCAAUGCGUUGCCCUCGACCGGUACGUCGGAUUCGCGAUUCACGCAUCAGAGUAGUACAGAUACGGUGGCAGGGGCGACCGCCUCGCCGUCGUACGAUGCGAAAGUGGGACAGGAGCAUGGCUCAGCAUCUGCAGGGGCAGCGGCAGCGGCAGCCUCGGCGAUGGCGUCUAUCUGA